CUAACGCAGCCGUUAAUCUCAAGGUUGUUCAGCGCUAACACCGCCCGCCUGGACACGGUGCACGGCCGGCCCCCUCUCGUCGUCUUCAUGUCUGCGCCUAGUCCAUGGACCACUAGUACAGCGCUAGUAGCAUGUGUUUUCUCUUCACAUGUUUUGUCUUCUCCUAGUCCCAGGGUUUCUAGUCUCUACUACUACUAUUAUUACUCUCUAGUAGUAAAUAAUUCUAGUUUGAUAGCAAGAUGGAUUAUUUUUUUUGAUAGAGUUCAUGAUUUUUGCUAGUGUGUUUUUUUGUAGUUGUAAGGCAGGGCUUAGCGAAAAUCUAAAAACCCCAAACAUCAUAACCUUUUUAAAUUAUUUUGCCUGAAAAAAAUGUAAGUUAUGCGUGUGAAAUUGUGUAACAAAAGACAUUAAAUUAUGCCAUGUACAUCUUCCGAAUAGAGACCAUGAGACACAUGAGACAUACUACAAUUUAGAAGGAGUACCUUUAUAGUUGUCAAAUAGAGACCAUGAGACACAUCUUCCUUCGUCUCCGCCUCUAUGCUAUGCUAUAGUGUAGUAGGAACCGUAAAUAUAAAGAAUCCACGUGGCGACCCCAACGAGUCAACCAUGCGUUGCGCACGCUGGAAAACGGAGGCAAGGCGCGUGCAAAACUCCGAACUCCUCCAUCGCGUUCGCGUGCGCGCUUCUCUCUCUCUUCAGCGUCUCCUUGCCAUGGCCGCCUCGCGAGACCACCUCGGUGGCGACCCGCCGGAGUCGACGCAGCUGCGCCUCGGAGACGACAUCGCGUGGUCGGAGAUCAACGGCGUGUACGACCGCGACGACUCGCUCAAGGAGAACACCAACCCCAAGUGCGUCCUCAAGAGCCAGCACCCCGGCGCCGCCGGGUCCUCGCAGAGGUUCUCGGGCAACCUGAAGCCCACGGCGGCGCCCAUCAUCGGGCUUUCCGGGAAGCUCGGCGCGUGCGCGCGGGGGCACCGCCACCGCCCACCCGCCAUGUUUCCUGGGAAGGCCAGGCCCGGCGGCGGGCGCGCGUCCAAGGCGGCCGUCCCGGACCCCGGGUCGCCCAAGGUGUCCUGCAUCGGGAAGGUCCUCUCGGACCACGAGCGAGCGCGCGCGCGCCUCGGAGGCGGCCGCGGCUCCGGGGCGCCUGGGUGCUGCGGCUUCUUCAUGCAGCGCAGCCGGAGCCGGUCCAGGCACAGCGCCGUCGAGUGCGUCGACCAGUCCCCGCCGCCGCCCGAGGAGGCUGCAGCGGCGAGGUCCGCGGAGGAGGCGACGGCGCCACCGCCGGGGCUGGGAAGUGUGCGGCGGUUUGCGUCGGGGAGGCGAGCGGCGGAGUGGGCGGCCAAGGUGGAGGACGACGGGCGCGUGGCGAGAUCUGGGCCGUUGUAGCACCGUGCAGGCAGAGGCAGCGGUGGUUGAGGUGUGGCUUUCGGUUUGGUUGCGCCCGUGCUUUAGUUGUAGUUGAGCUGUGUACAUACGUGCUUCUGUUCAAAUCCGUAGAAAUUUGAUGCUUGGGUUCACAAAUUUUGCUUUAUUUUUGCCCUGCUUUACUAGCGUGCUUUUGUUUGCUGCGAGUUUGAUUGGCAUAGGAUUGGACUUUGGAGUGCGCUGUUCCA